AUGGGUCUCCAUGGAGCCGAGCAGCUGUCCAAUCAGAGAGCAGCUCAGCUGCUGCAGCCACCCCCAGACCCCCAGACCCCCGGACCCCCAGACCAUCAGACCCUCAGACCCCCAGACCCCCAGACCCUCAGAUCCUCAGACCCCCAGACCCUCAGACCCCCAGACCCUCAGACCCUCAGACCCUCAGAUCCCCGGACCCCCGGACCCCCAGACCCUCAGACCCCCGGACCCCCAGACCAUCAGACCCUCAGACCCCCAGACCCCCAGACCCUCAGAUCCUCAGACCCCCAGACCCUCAGACCCUCAGACCCCCAGACCCUCAGACCCUCAGACCCCCAGACCCUCAGACCAUCAGACCCUCAGACCCUCAGACCCUCAGACCCCCAGACGAUCAGACCCCCAGACGCCUAG